GUGACAUCAGGAGACAUGAAUUCCACCUGCGUCCAGCACCUCAUUGUCCUGGGGGCGCUGCUGGGAUCCGGCUACACCAGUACCGAUAUGGCAGAUACCUGGUGCUAUGAAGACCCAAAAUGCGGUCCAGAGACAUGGGCAGCUCUGGGACACUGUAGCGGCACCAGGCAGUCCCCAAUCAACAUCAUCACCCCUGCGGCUGUCCACAAUCCCCACCUGGGGGCUGUGUCCCUCGCUGGCUAUGAGGAUGCCGGGAAGCUUAUCUCCAUGGAAAACACGGGGAAGACAGUGUAUGUGCAUUUAGCGGAUGGGCUCCAUCUCAGCGCCCAGGGGCUCCCAGCUAUCUACACAGCCAAAUCCUUCCACUUGCACUGGGGCCAGGGGGCAGCCCGGCCUGGCUCGGAGCAUUUCAUCAAUUACAAAGGGUUCUCCAUGGAGCUCCACAUUGUUCAUACCAAGAACAACCUGAGCAUGGAUGACGCCCUCAAGGAUCCCGAGGGAAUUGCUGUGCUGGCCUUCUUCCUCCAGGCAACAGCCCACGCACACCCCUCCCACUCCUGGGAUUCCUUCACCCAGCACUUGAAGAAGGUGGCUCUGAAGGGGGAGGAUAAGGAUCUGGACGGCUCCUUCUCCCUGCGGGGGCUCCUGGGCUCGGUGGACCUAGCCCGCUAUUACCGCUACCAGGGUUCCCUCACCACCCCCAACUGUGAUGAAGUCGUGGUCUGGACUGUCUUCCCCGACCCCAUCCUGGUGCCUCCUGGCGUGGUGGCUGCGUUCUCCUCCAUCCUCAACUCCACAGACUCACAUGCUGGGCCCCGGCUGCAGAACAACUAUCGGCCUCUGCAAAGCCUUGGGGAUCGCCAAGUGCAGGCCUCCGCAUCCCUCCGAGUCGCCCCCAGCUCCUCUUCCGCCCUGCGGCCUGCAGCCUUGAUCCUUCUACUCAUCAGUAUCGCAGCAAUCACCUGGCACCUAUAAGGGGACAGAACCAGACACCGAGAGGCUAGACUUUGGCAGGGGAAGUGCUGGGAGCCAGGACUCCUGGGUUCUAUUCCUGGUUCAGCCACAGACUCCCAUUGUGACCGUUAUCAAGAGCCUUCCCAGCUCUGGGCCUCAGUUUCCCCAUCUAUAAACUAGGGAUAGGUUUUGCUCUGCAGUCCUGAAGACAGCAUUGAUCACAGUCCUCUUUGAGACUGGGAGGGAAUGUAUCUGUCAGCUAAUAUUGCUUAGGAGGAUUGAAUCACAAGUCCCCCACUGCUUGGAGUUUGGACUGAGUGGGCAGAGGGGGCAUGACGUUGCACUCCAUGUACUUUAUAAAAGUACGCUUAUAAAUGUAAAUAUAAUGUAACUGGAAUAUGCUUUAUGCAAAAGGUCUUUUGUAAGUUAUCAUUCCAAUGUUAUAACCUACUAAAUAUAUUCCUCCUAUUUGUAUGUAUGUAUCAUUCUUGUAUGAAGUAUAACUCUGGCGUCCUAUUGUAAUUAUGAAAAGUGUGGGCCAUAAUCCUGGAAUCCAUGUUAUAUCUGAUACUUUUCCAUUUACAAGGAGGGGUGGGGACCCAGAGAGACAAAAGUUUCCCGCCUUGUGCCAAAGCUAUAAAAGGGGGUGAAACAGGACAAAGAAGGCCAGUUAUGAGAAUAUCCCUCUUUACCACCUAGGGCUGCCAGUCAUGUGAGAGCCCCUGUUUUCCCUGGAACUAACAAGGACUGUGCUGGGGAAAGGGUUGGGCCUGGACUAGGAAGGAGUCUAGUCUGUGAAAGAAGCUUAUUGUAACAUCUCUGAGGGUGAGAUGUAAUCAGUUUCUUAAAGCAUUAGGCUUAUAUUUGGGUGUGUUUGCUUUAUUUUGUUGACGUACAUUGUUCUGCCUGUUAUUAUGAAACGCCAUAAAUCCUACCUUUUAUACUU